AAUCCCCAAACCCUAACCUCUCACAUUUCUGGCGUCUCUCUCUGUUUCUCUCUCUUGACGGCGCGUGGGAUCCAUUUGUGGCGCGUGGGGGUCACGCCCGAGCUGAUUCAUGGUGCCUGGUGCUCCGCCUGCAGCAUUGAGAAUCCCUAGCCGGAGCUCAACUGGAACCCUAGCCGGGGAUUUGGAUUCUGUAGGGUUAUGGCGUCCGCCGUCUUAGCCAAUCGGAACGAACCAAAUUGGCCGCAGCAGCCCAGAGGCGGCGGAGGUGGAGGAUACAUGGGAAAAGUCCCUUUCUCAAACCCUAAUCGUAACCCUAACCCUAAGACCAAAUUCCAAGCUGCUCAGCAACAUCCUCAUGCCGAUUUCAUUGACGAGUCACCCGCUGUGACCCAGGCGGCUUCCGACGACGCGUCGUCGAUCAACCACCACCGGCGAUCAAACACCAACAACACCGCUGGUGAUUUCAACAUCUCCCAAUCCGUCACCUUCAACGUGGCGGCCUACUCGAGGAAAGAGCUCGCCGAGCUCAAGAAUCGCCUUCUUUCGGAGCUGGACCAGAUUCGUGUGCUCAAGAAUCGAAUCGAAGCCGGCGAGCUCAACCCCAGGCCGGCGGCCCAGCCCAAAAAGCCGAAGAAGGUUGCCGGCUCGAAGCGGCCCUUGCCAAUUGCUCCGGGGAAGGAUGCCAAGUCCAAUUUGAAGCGAUCGCAUUCGGAGAAUGCGAAUUUGAUGAAGAAUUGCGGGCAGAUUUUGUCGAAGCUGAUGAAGCACAAGUUUGCCUGGAUCUUCAAGACGCCGGUGGAUGUGGUGUUAUAUAAGCUUCAUGAUUACUACGAUAUAAUCAAGCGCCCAAUGGAUCUGGGCACUGUGAAAACGAAUCUAUCCAAGAAUUUAUACUCGACGCCGUUGGAAUUCGCCGCUGAUGUGCGAUUGACUUUCGAAAAUGCCAUGCGGUAUAAUCCCAGAGGCCAUGAGGUGUACAACGCCGCCGAUCAGCUUCGUUCUAUGUUUGAGGAGCUCUUCCAGCCUCUGAUUGACAAAUUGGGCGAUGGGUUUGGUGGGGAUCGAGGAGUCUCCGACGAGGAGGAAUUGCAGGCCAGUUCUUGGAACCAUGUUGAGCCCGAGAGGCAUCCUCCUCCGCCCAGGAGGGAAGACCCAAUGCCCGUGAAGAUCGACAAGGAGACUGAGCUGGUUCGGCCUCCCGUGCCAGCCCCAGUGAGCUCAUCAAAUCCGCCAAUAGCGCAUUCUCCAGUGAGGACAAGCUCCCAAGUGAAGGGGCUGCCACAGGUGAAGCCCUUGAAGCAGCCAAAGCCCAAAGCAAAGGACCCAAACAAGAGGGACAUGAGUAUUGAGGAGAAGCAUAAGUUGGGACUUGGGUUGCAGAGCUUGCCUCAGGAGAAGAUGGACCAAGUUGUGCAGAUUAUCAAAAAGAGGAAUGGGCAUUUGAAGCAGGAUGGGGAUGAGAUUGAGCUUGAUAUUGAGGCUGUAGAUAAUGAGACCCUUUGGGAGCUUGAUCGGCUUGUUACGAAUUAUAAAAAGAUGGUUAGCAAGAUUAAGCGGCAGGCACUGAUGGGCAACAACAGCAAUAGCAACUUUGCUUCAAACAGAGGAAAUCAAGAGGAAUUGCCUGCGGGUGAGAAAAUUGAUGUUUUGGUAUCUGAGCCCAAGAGACCAAAGAAAGGUGAGGUGGGAGAUGAAGAUGUGGACAUAGGGGAUGACAUGCCAAUGAGCAGUUUUCCACCUGUUGAGAUUGAGAAAGAUAUUGGGGGCAAUGCCAGUAGUGAUAAUAAUAGUUCAAGCAGCUCCGGUAGUUCAAGUAGUGGCUCCUCCUCAUCAAGCGAUUCAGAUUCGGGCAGUUCUUCAGGGAGCGAUUCAGAUGAGGAUAACGCGCAAUCCUAGUUGGGCAUUGCGAUUGCAGCCUUGAAGAAAUGUUUUUGUGGAAAGACCCAUGUGGGAAGCCGGCUGAAGAGAAAGAGUCCCGAACUCCUUGUAUGCAUGCUUUCUAUGUGGGAAGGGCAUUAAUGAUUUUCUUGAUUGUGAUGAUGAGGUAUGUUUGGAUACAUUUGGCUUCUGUAAAUUUCGGUCCUGCGGCUGAUUAGAACGAAUAGAAGAUUGCGGAUGUGGGCUGAGCUUUUCUAUCGACUAUGUUGCAGGUUGGAAUUCCAAGGGGGUCUCCCAUCCGAACUGAGCAGAAGGUGUAGUUUGUGAGGUUGUUGUGUGGGCAUUGGUUGUUUUGCUUGGAGGUGUAAAGAACUAUGAAAUGAACAAAAAAAAUUGUGUAGGUUGGUUGUAGGGGUAAAACGUAGUGAAACAGUGUAGUUGGAAAGCAGAGUAGUGAGAGAAAGAGGAGAUAAGAUUAGGGAGAGAUUUGAAACACUUUGUACACAUUACAAGAGAGCAGCAGCAGCUAAGCUAGUACAUAAUUUUCCCA